CACAAGAAGAAGAUGCAGGAUGAGGGCUCCUGACGGCGGUGACGGUGAUCUUUCAUGUGCUUGUAAAGGGAUCCGGCGGUGUCUCAAGUGUGAAAAGUUAAAGGGAAAAGGACAAUUGGAGUCGAAUGAACCUAAGAUUUUGCAUCAUUUCCUCUAUGAUCCUGAGAUGAGGCUUGCCAUUCGCAAGGAUGCCGAGGCUGUGUCCUUCCCGUUUCCUGGUGUCUUCCUGCGGGAGAACUUCAUAUCAGAAGAGGAGGAGAAAAAGCUGAUAAGCACGAUGGACCAGGAUGUGUGGAUUGAGUCCCAGUCUGGUCGAAGGAAACAGGACUUUGGCCCAAAAGUUAACUUCAAGAAAAAGAAAGUGCGUGUAGGUGGCUUCAGUGGACUUCCUGCUUUGAGCCAAGAACUAGUGCUCCGAAUGCAGCAAGAGCCGAGUCUGUCUGGCUUUCAGCCGGUGGAGCAGUGCAAUCUGGAUUACCAUCCUCAGCGAGGAGCCGCCAUCGAUCCACACCUCGACGACUCCUGGCUGUGGGGGGAACGCCUGGUCACCAUCAACAUGUUAUCAAACACUACACUCACUAUGUCCUUGGAACAGGGUCUGCCAGAGUUGGGACUAGCAGGGGAAGUCCAUGUAGCUGUGCAUCUUCCUCGCAGAUCUUUAGUCGUGUUAUACGGCGAGGCACGACACAGAUGGAAACAUGCCAUUCAUAGGGACGACGUUAAGGAGCGCAGAGUUUGCAGCACCUACAGAGAGCUGUCUGCAGAGUUCCUACCCGGGGGGCAGCAGGCAGAGGUGGGAUCUCAGCUGUUGAACAUUUCCUUGAGCUUCCAAGGAACUCCAAUAUAGGCUCGUCUGAUGCUGCGGAGGAGGGCUGGAGGAGGAGGUCCAGACUCAUUGGGUGACUUGAUAAUAAAAAUUCAAACACAUUUUUAACAAAUACAAUUGUAUAAAUGUUUUUACAAGCUGAUUUAAAAAAAAUGCUUGGGCACUGCAUAACAGAAUCCAAUGAUUUGCAAUUCUUUUUUCAACCUUCAUUUAAUUGGAUACAGUUUAAAAGACAAGAUAUUCGAUAUGCAAACUGAUGCUUUGGAACUAUAUACACACAGAAUUUGAUGCAUUAUGUUUUUAUUUACAUUUUACAGUGAUGGUACAUUCUUCGAAUGGGGGUAAAACGGGAUGUUUGUUUGUUUUUUAACCAGAGAUUCAGACUUUCCGUCCUUCACAAAUGCAGUUGUUAUUAUUGUUGAUACCACAAACAGAAACAUAUCAAAAACAUUCUGCAUUUUUAGUUACAAAAUGUAUACUACUAGCAUUUAUUGGUUACUAGGGGCACCACGAUUUUAAUUCGAAAUUGAAAAUAAAUCAAAAUUACCUAGCAGGAUCAGCUAAAUCUAAAAAUUGACUACAUGACCUCGGUGUGGCACAUUGCAAAAAAAAUAUGGCAAUUAUAUCACACUUGUUACCAUCAUCCAUUGAUAAUGUUUAAAUAACUUGAGUGUAAAUUUCAGUGCACGAAUCGAAGCUUGAUAGUCUAACAAUGACAUAGUCCUUAGGGGUAAAGAAAAUGUUUAAAUCAAAAAGUAAGUUGAGCCACAACCUUAAAAUUUGAAAGUCUAAUAAAUGUGGAUGUGGAUUUGGAAAAUCGUAACGCCCCUACUUGUUGCCAUUCGUAAACAAACCUAUGAUACAUGAAAUAUUGUAUAAUGUGAUAAAAUAAUGUGACAAGAACAAAAACUGUCAAAGCUGCAAAAAUGAAUCAAUAAGCUGUCACCAGAAACAAUCCUGUAUGCCAAAUGUUCUUGAAUGUCUUAACAGGUUUUGUGUGAUUAUUAAUGGCUGUUUUAGGUCAUAGUUCUUGAGCCCCAUUUACCAGUUCCUCAGUUUUGUUGGAACUGAAUAAUUAGAGCUGUUUUUUCAAAUUGUCAUAUAUAUCCCAGAAAGAAAAUCACCACGUCAGUUUUUCCCCCCAAUACCGUGUAGCCCUCAUUAGGGCUCAAGACCAACAGUCUUUCAAAGCCAUAUUUUCAGCAGACCUCAGUCUCUUUAAUCUGUUUUUUAAAUAAUAAAACAGUUUUUUUCAUA